AUGGAGGUCUCAGCCACCCUGGAAGCCCUGCAGGCAGAGGUCCGCUGCCCCAUCUGCUUGGACUUCUUGACAGACCCGGUCACCAUCCCGUGCGGCCACAACUUCUGCCGCUCAUGCAUCCAGCAGUGCUGGAAGGAUCUCCCAGGCAGGUUCCCUUGCCCUGUCUGCCGCCACCCCCAGCAAGAGAGGCACUUCAGCCCCAACUCCCAGCUGGCCAGGAUGAUCGACUUGACCAAGCUCCUGCACAGCAGCAGCCAGAGCAGGCAGGAGAAUGCCCUGUGUGGGCAGCACAACCAGGUGCUGGGCCUCUUCUGUGAGGAUGACCUGGAGGUGGUGUGUGGCCUGUGCACCUCUGCCCACCAGGGUCACCUGGUGAGGCCCAUGGAGGAGGCCGCCUCCUACCACAGGCAAAGGCUCAGGAGUUACAGGGAGGCCCUGAAGAGGCAGGUUGCUGAUGUAGACAAACUCGUCGCCACACAGGACAGAGAACUGGUGGAGCUGAGAGAGCAAGUGGAACACCGCCGGUGGAAACUAGCCUCAGAAUUUGAGCGCCUGAACCAGUUUGUAGAACAUGAGCAGGAGGCAGCCAUGUCCAAGCUGGCCGAGGAAGAGAGGGACAUUCAGCAGAAACUCAGUGAGAAUGUAAACACCUUCACAGAGUAUAUUUCCACCGUCAAAGGGCUACUCAGGGAGGUGGCAGAGAGGAGCGUGAUGUCAGAGGUGAAGCUGCUGAGGGGUGUCAAGAGCCUCCAGGACAGGUGUCAGAGCCUGGAGCCCCCCGCUGUGAGCUCCUUCCAGUUAAGGCAGGAAGGCUUCAGCCUCCCGCCCCUGUAUUCAGAGAGAAUUAUCCAGAGGUUCAGGGAGGAAGUGACCCUGGAUCCCCAAACAGCGCACCCUAGCCUGCUGGUGUCUGAGGACCAAAAGUCUGUGACAUUUGUGAGGAAAAGGAAGAAAGUUCCCCGGAACCGGCAGCGCUUUGUGGCCGAGCCCGUGGUGCUGGGCGCUCAGGGGUUCCGCGGCGGCCGCCAUUACUGGGAGGUGCAGGUGGGGGACAAGGCUGAGUGGGCCGUGGGGCUGUGCGCAGAGGCCCUGCCCUGGAAGAGACAGGGACUCCUGCCGGGCCAGGACGCGCGCUGGGCCCUCGGGCUGCGUGAUGGCGCCUACGUGGCCGUGGGCCCCGCGCCGGUGCCCCUGGCGCUCAGGGAGAAGCCCAGAGGGAUCGGCGUCUACCUGGACUACGAGCUGGGCCAGAUUUCCUUUUACAGCGUCCACGACCGGUCUCACAUCCACACCUUCAGGGAGACGUUUUCUCAAGUGCUGAAGCCUUACCUGUGUGUGGGUCGGGAUCCUGAGCCCCUCACAGUGGGUGCAGGGGGAGAGCAUGCCGGCUGA